CGCAGGUUGGGGAGAAAACAUUGCCUGAACGCCUGGGGCAUCGUCUUGUUGCUUGUGUCCACGAAGCAUAAUCCAAUUGUCCAUAAUGUCGAAUCCAUAUAGACGAACGUCUGACCUGCCAUUCAUAGGAAAGUCCCCUUCUACGCGGCCUCCGUCCUACUCUACAGAGAUACCAAUCAGCAGAUCAUCCGUACCAGAUCGUUAUCGCCAUGGAAACCCUCCUCGCAAUGCUGUCACGAAUCCGGCUCCGACCACUGGCCGGCCUUCGCAAUCCCAAGUCCGUGAAGCAGCGCCACCAGAAGAAGGGAAAAAAGUCUGCGAAGAUUGUGGGAACAAUACACAGCCUAUCUGGAACUGCUCCUACUGUGGCAUGGACUUUUGUAAUGAUUGCUGGGACCGACAAGCUCAGCAUAGACCAGGCAGGAAAGGGCCUGAUGGUUUGCCCCAUGAAAAGGCAAAUCCGUCUAUUGUUAGGCGGUAUAAAGAGAUCUUGACUCCACCACAAGAUCAUAAUGAGCAACAAACACUUCACGUGGAAGAUGAAGACACAACGUGGUUUGGGCUAUCACGCGACCAGCAAAAUCGACCCAUGCUUAAGGACUACGGGCGCUAUUCCACUAUCAUGGCAGACAGUAACACUGGGGAAUUCAAGCAUCGUUACCCGCAGCUCGUCUCGUUCAUUGGUCAGACAGGUGCUGGCAAGAGUACUCUCAUCAAAAUGCUCAUUGACCAGCAAGAGAGGAGAGAUGGAACACGCAACUGGACGUUUCCUUCUCCUGUCGCGGGCGCAUUAUCCAACGGCAGUGUACCAACAUCUGGAGAUGUUCACUUGUACAGCGACCCGUCAACGUAUGCUGGUGAGCAUCCUAUGCUGUAUGCAGACUGUGAAGGCCUCGAAGGAGGCGAGAACACUCCAAUGGCCGCAAAGUACCGAGAACGCGCUGGAAAUGACCUUCGCGGAAAGGCCGGUUACCAUCACAUGCCCAAGGACAAUGUCAAACGUCGGAAAAAGUCCAACCCGCUUUACUCUACCCAGCGAGACAUUACAUGGGCCAAUUCAGAAAGCACGUCCAAAAGACAGUAUGCAGUCACAGAGCUGUAUCCUCGACUGUUGUACACCUUCUCGGAUGCGAUUGUGUUUGUACUGAGGAAUCCAAAAACCUUUGAGUCUACAGUGCUUUCGAUGCUCAUAAACUGGGCGUCGACAUCACUAGAGAAGUCCGUGAAUCAACCAGCCCUCCCGCACGCUAUCAUCGCCCUGAACGCUACGGACACCAAGGUGGACCCACAGGAGUGGAAUUCUGAACAUGCGACACACUCACUCAUGUCCACGAUAUCUGGUGCUAUCCACCGUGACUCGAAAUUCCGGCAACUUGCAGAAGAAUGGAGAGCCAGGGGCAAAAAGAUCAAGACCAUGAAACACCUUCUUGAGUGCUUCUACUCAUCGAUAACUGUCGUCAGAGUCCCGGGCGAAGGUCGUUACAUGAUGAUUGACGACCAGAUCAGCAAACUUCGCGAAAUCAUCAAUAAGACAUGCGCAGAAUCAUUCAAUGCGAAGCGGAAGUCUCGCAUGCUGUCAAAUUCAGAGACACUCAACGUAUACUUACAAUGUGCAUAUGAUCACUUCGCCAGCGAUCUGCACAAACCUUUUGAUUUCAUGGAUGUUUCCUUCAAAAUCAAUCCAAUCCCCCUCGAUUUUGGAGGCAACAUACUGAAGCUGGCUGUGGCCCUAAAGUCACGGUAUGUCGAUAAUCCCAGAAGAAUCUUCGAAGAGUUGAGUUACAUGGUAUCUUCCUGCAUUCUUCUUGACUGCGUUCGCCAAGGUUUCCGAGGAACACCGGAGCAAAUUCUGGAAAAACAGUAUCUUGAAUACUGUGAUAAUGCCUUAGACGACUUCUGCGCUGUUUACUGGCCCUGCACGUUUCAGAAUCGACAUGGUGGACGAUGUGUCAACGUUAGAGAACGCCAUACUAAGGGGCACCAAAAUCAGCGCGGAACCAUUAUCGGAAGUGGAGCUUAUGUGUCUGGUUUCACCUUUGACAACUUUGCUGAAUCAUGGUCUCAUCACCUGCGAAAAUACACAACCGGUUUUCAGUCUGAGCUAGCUGGGAAGAUGGUCACUUCUCCUGUCACAGACGAGUUGGCUACCGUCACUGAUCUGCAUCUUGCCAACGUCAAUCGAUUUUUCCACGACGCUGGUGGAGCAAUUCGCUACACCAGUCAUUCCUCAUGCUUCUGCUGUCUACGGAAUCUGGCUGAGCAUCCGCUUGCAUGCGGUCACGUUCUUUGCACUACUUGCAUCAAAGAUUAUGGCGAGCAAAGCAAUGACCUGCAGGGAUUAUACACAUUUCCCGCUUGUCCACUCCAUCAGCACGACCAGUUCAGGAGUCCUUCCGAGAUAUACUUCAAGCCACCAUUAGCUGGCGUGCGUAUCUUAUCUUUGGAUGGGGGUGGAAUGAGGGGCAUCGUGAUCCUGGAAGUGUUACGACAUAUCCAAGCAGAACUCGGUGAUGGCAUUCCGAUACAAGAUUUUUUCGACCUGAUUGUAGGGACCAGUACUGGUGGUAUAUUGGCUCUUGGGCUUGGUGUCAAGAAUUGGCGUGUUGAAGAUUGCAUGAACAUGUUCACCCGACUUAUAGACAAAGCCUUCACACGAAAGAUCUUCGGUGGUGUGACUUUGGGCAAGACAAAGUAUCGCACGCAGCCACUGGAUGACGCACUGAAAGAAUGCUUUGGCAAUGAGGCCUUAUUCGGUGGAGAACUCCAUACACCUCGCAGCGGGCGUAAGGUUGCGGUGACCUCUGCAACGGAAACAGGCGAACAAGCUGUGAUAUUCACGAAUUAUAAUCGUGUAGACGAUGAAGAGAUUCACUAUCGAUUGAAACGGCCCCAUCAUCCUGAAGAUGAUGUGAUGAUUCGAGAAGCGGCACGGGCGACAUCGGCUGCUCCAACGUUUUUUAAGCCCUUCCGGAAUGAGCGGACAAAAGAAGGUUUCUUGGACGGCGCGGUCUUCCACAAUAACCCUGUGCGGAUAGCAAAUUACGAAAGCAAACUUCUAUGGCCAGAUGCCGAGAGGUGCCACCCGGACAUUUUGCUCUCGCUUGGAACGGGCCGGCAUGGAAUUGAUGAGCCAGAAACCUUUCUCAACGUUGACAGAGGUGACAACAGGCGUAUGCAGAUGCGCAGAAAGUUGUAUGAAGCAAGCCCAACAGUCAAAAAAAAACGUUCAAUGGCGGCUUUGAGCGGCUUCGCAGAGAUUGAAUCGUGGCUUACAAUUCUCACAAAGCGUGUUGAAAGCGUGCUCGAUGCAGAGAACACCUGGAAAGAGUUCCGUCAAGAGAUCACAGCAUCUUCACCCAUUGCAGCCAGCCGAUACAUACGGAUGAAUCCAAGAACGUCCAACCGCACUCCUAAGAUGGACGAUAAGGCCCAAUUACAGACUUUGCAAUUUGAAAUUCAGAAAAAAUUAGGACCAACAACCAGCUUAGGUUUAAAGAUCAAAGCUAUUGCCCACCGACUCGUUGCAAGUUCCUUCUACUUUGAAAAGUCGGGCCUACCCCGAAUGGUAGGCGAUGGAGAUAUCGUCAUACAAGGAAGCAUACGCUGCAGAUUCGCAGUUGGCUCCGAGAAUAUCCGCAACCUGGGGAUCUAUCUUCGCAAGCACCAGAAGGCAAAUUUUCAGCCCUUCUUCCGCAUCCAUGAAGUUGCGCUUCUUGAAAGUGCACAGACAGUGUGCAUCACGGCUGAAAUAAUACGUGACAUGAUAGAGCGAAGCAUCUUUCGCAUGGAGUCCAUCGCAAUACCCAUGACCACAGAGACGGCCAUCCUGUCAAUGAAUAUGUAUUUGGUGAACGAGCGGGAAGCAAGCUCCGGCUACUCAAUCAGUGGAUUCCCACGAAGUGUCACCGACGAAGAAUCACUGAGACGACAACCCACACCCAGCUCACCGAAUCUCGAGAGAUCAAAGAUGGCCACCAAGCGCCAAAGCCUUCGCGUGAGACGGCACCAGGCCGCUCAACAACAGCAGCGCCCAGCUAGCGAUAGUGAAAUAUUGACUCUGCGCAACAUUCCGGAAUCCGAGAGGAAUCAUAGUAGCCUCGGUAUAUACCCGGAGACCCCAGAUGACGUAACAGACUGGGAACGACGCCGCAGAGAGGCAUCACGAAGGCCUCCUGAAACAAUGUUCCCUCUGCCUGAAAGUAAUGCCGGGACUCUGUCUGCACCUUUAGAAGGGGUGUACGAGCUUGAUGCCGGUUUGAGUGGAUCUUUGCACGAGCAGCAUGAGGCACUAGUGCAUCAACUUAAUGGACAGGUGGGCGAUAAUUCUGCUAUUCCACAGAUAACAGGAUCCGAGACUGAAAACGAAAUUGCAAUGGCGAUGGAGCUCAGCAGGCGUGAGGAAGUCAUGGCCAAUAUGAGAAGACAGGAAUCUGGCUUUGAUCAGGAUGAGGUAGCUCGAGCGAUUGCGCUUUCGCUGAAUGAUCAAUAAACGUUUGAUCUGUUUUAUUACAUUUAUAUUUUGAUGUAAAUUUGUCCCUAAUUUAAUUCUAGGGGUACAAAGUCCUGUUUAAUGAUAUGAUGAUUUAAUCUUACCCAGGCUGGCUAUGAGGAACCUAGAUGUAACUAAAAAGUCC